GAAAGAAAGACUAGUUCUGUAGUUCGACGUCUUAUCCCGCGGCGAGAAGUCAUGGAAGUUGCACCCCACUAUAAACUAUUGGUGGCGUCCUUCAAAGAAAAUCAACAUGGCAGCCUCCAUGAUGAGAACGACAGGUGUGAAUAUCUUUCUCAUGUUUGUCAAUGGAAAGCUCUUGUGCAGGGGCAGGAGGCAAGUUGUGGCAUCAUUGACCAGCCAGUAUUUAUUGAAAAGAAGAUGCUACAGCAGCCGACGCAACAUCUUGACCCUGACAGAGAGAGGAAUCUUCCAAGACAUCUUCCCAGACACAAGUGACCUUCCCAAAGUGUUGAGUUCUGGCCCACAGUGCAUAUACUGCGGCUUUGACCCCACAGCAGACAGUCUUCAUAUCGGUAACCUCCUAGCCAUCAUUGCAUUGUUACAUUGCCAGAGGGCAGGUCAUAACCCCAUUGCUUUGAUUGGUGGUGCAACAGCACUGAUAGGAGAUCCAAGUGGGAAGACAACAGAGAGAACGCCCCUGGAAUCAUCAGUGGUACAAUCCAAUGCAGCCUCCAUCAAAAGUAGUCUGCAGAGAAUCUUCACAAAUCAUGAGAGGUACUUCUGGAAAGAGGACAAGCAGCUUCCAAAAAUCAGAAUUAUGGACAACAAAAGCUGGUACAAAGACAUGAAUGUUCUAAGGUUUCUGGCAGGUGUCGGUCGUCAGCUGAGAAUGGGAAAGUUGCUCUCCAGACAAAGUGUCCAGACUCGUCUAGCCAGUUCUCAGGGGAUGAGUUUUGCUGAGUUCUCCUAUCAGUUAUUCCAGGCCUAUGACUUUUUGCAUCUUCACCAUGAGUAUGGCUGUCUCAUCCAACUAGGAGGGACAGAUCAACUGGGAAACCUAAUGACAGGCCAUGAGCUGGUCAAGAGGGUCACAGGCAAGGAUGUGUAUGGUAUUGUUAUCCCAUUAGUUACAAGUUCAACUGGAGACAAAUUGGGCAAGACUGCUGGGAAUGCUGUAUGGAUCAAUGAGGAGAAGACCUCAGCCUUGGACCUCUACCAGCACUUCUUGCGACUACCUGAUGCUGACAUGGAGCAUUACCUCAAGCUGUUCACUCUCCUACCACUGAAUGAGAUUGCUGACGUCAUGAGACUUCACAAGAAAACGCCUAAGAAUCGCAAGGCCCAAGAAAAACUAGCAGAGCAAGUUCUGCUACUUGUGCAUGGAGAAAUUGGUCUUGACAGAGCAUUGAGACAGACUGAGGCUCUGUACCAUACCAGCCCAGCAAGUCUAGAGCAGCUCAAUGAUGCUGAGAUUACAGAGCUCUUCCAAGGAGCGACAGUUACCAGACUUCUAUUGGAACCGGGGUUCAGCAUAGCACAGAUGCUUGAUAGGGUCAAAUGUCUGCCACAGGGACACAAGGGUGACUUAAUUCUGAGUGCUGGUGGGGUUUACAUCAACAAUCAACGAGUCACAGAUGCAUCAAGGGUUCUGAUCAAAGAUGAACAUAUACUUGCAAAUGGUCUCACUCUGAUAAGAGUUGGGAAGAAGAAUUACUACAUAGUGAAGUGGGUAUGAUGGCAGUUAGAAUGAUUGCCGAGUCUUCUCAAUGUCAGUGUGAAUACAUACGUUCACAUUCUCUCUGCACCAGACUAAUUUACAUAAGCUUCUGUCCUCUCAAACUGUCAUGACUUCUGUUUGUGAAGUUAAUUUGUUUGUGAUCACUACUUCACUUGUGCAUUGAAUACUGUUGGAAGCUUAGAUGUAAAAGGGUGAACACCAAAUAAAGUUGAUGAUGCAGGAAAAAGGUUAUCAUGAACAUGGAUGACGUAUAGGACUUACAUAAAACUCACAAAAAUUCCAUGAAAUGUGAUUUAAGAGUUUUCUUCUGAACCCAACGAAUAUCUUUAUUAACACUCAUAGUAAAUGCUACUUUUUUUUACACGUAUCAAUUUGAUAUCUAUGACAUACUAACAGAAGAAAGUUUUGUACAAAUAAACACACUUCAUACAAGUA